UGAGAACAUAUUUGCAAUGCUUCUGAUUGUGUAUCAGAACAAGUACUUAUCAUGCCCCUGCCUUGUAUAAAAGGCUUCAGAGUGCCUGCAGAAGUUCUCCUUCAGCCAUGGCAAGGAUGAGGAGCUUGUGUUUCUUGGCUGUUGUGCUCGCAGCCCUGGGCGGGUGCCUGGGCUCGGAGCAGGACGCGCAGUGCCCCGGCGCCAUCGCGGUGCAGAAGCGCAUUGACUGCCACCCGCAGCCCGGCGCUUCCCAGGAGGCCUGCGAGGCGCGGGGCUGCACCUGGUGCUCCACCGAUGUGCCCAACGCUCCCUGGUGCUUCUUCCCGGAGGACAGUCCCUACGGCUACGCCCGCAGUGGCAGCGCCGAGCAGACCGACAAGGGCUGGAGAGUCACGCUGAACAAGCGCCAGGCCUUGUCCCUCUUCGGAAAUGACAUUUCCCCGAUCGUCUUGGAGGUGGAGUUCCAGACAAAGGACAGACUCCGAUUCAGGCUCUACGACCCCAACAAGCAGCGGUUUGAAGUGCCUCUCAAGAUCAAUGGCCCCGGGGUUACUGCUGAAGAGGCCAACUAUGAGGUGGAGUUCUCGGAUGAUUCCACCCACUUCAGGAUCAAGAGGAAGAGCACUGGCACCGUGCUGUGGGACAGUCCCCUGGUUGAUCUGUUUUUCUCCAACCAGUUCCUUCAGAUCACCACCACUGUGCCAUCCACUUCUGUGUAUGGGUUUGGUGAACAUGAGCACCCCACGUUCAAGCACAACAUGAACUUUGUUACCUAUGGCAUGUACUCCAGGGACCAGGCACCGACGGCAUUUGCCAACCUCUACGGAGUUCACCCUUUCUACAUGUGUGUAGAACCAGACUCCAAUGCCCACGGUGUUCUCCUUCUGAACUCCAAUGCACAAGAUGUUACUCUGUCUCCAAACCCAUCUUUGACUUUCCGCACUAUUGGAGGGAUCCUCGACUUCUAUCUCUUCAUGGGACCAACUCCUGAGAACGUGGUUCAGCAGUACACUGAGGCCAUUGGACGCCCACACAUGCCAGCCUACUGGUCUCUGGGAUUCCAGCUCUCCCGCUGGGGCUAUAACAGCCUGGAUGUUUUAAAGAAAACUGUCGAUCGCAUGAAGCACUAUGACAUCCCAUAUGAUGUCCAACAUUAUGAUAUUGACUACAUGGAACGUCGCCUGGACUUUACCUAUGAUAAAGUGAAUUUUGCUGGUCUGCCAGAGUUCAUGAAGGAGAUGAAGAAGAACGGAAAGCACAAUGUUGUGAUUCUGGACCCUUUCAUAACCAAGGAUGAGAAGCCAGGCACUUACAGACCUUAUGAACUCGGCCAGGAAAUGGGAGUGUGGGUGAACAACUCUGAUGGCGUCACUCCUGCUGUUGGGCGGGCCUGGCCUCCUGGAGAUUCUGUGUUUCCUGACUACACCAACCCCAGGACAGUGGAAUGGUGGACCCAGUUGUGUCUGGAGUUCAAGGAUGUCCUUGACUAUGAUGGCAUCUGGAUUGAUAUGAAUGAACCAUCCAAUUUCAUGAGAGGCCAGAUGCCUGGAUGUGCUGAUACUGAAAUCAAUAACCCUCCUUACACUCCUAGCAUCUCUGAUCGUUCCCUGGCGGAAAAGACACUGUGUCCUGACUCCAAGACUUACCUUGGGGACCACUACAACACACACUCUCUCUUUGGCUGGUCCCAGACAGAACCAACUUUCAAUGCUGUCCAGCAGGCUACUGGAAAGCGGGCCUUUGUCUUGAGCCGGUCCACGUUCGUUGGCAGUGGGAAGUACGGUGCUCACUGGCUUGGUGACAACUUCUCUCAGUGGAAGGACCUGCGCCGCUCAGUGGUUGGAAUCCUGGAAUUCAACCUCUUUGGCAUUCCCUAUAUUGGUGCUGAUAUCUGUGGGUUUAACUACAACACUACCUAUGAACUCUGCCUGCGCUGGAUGCAGCUUGGCUCUUUCUAUCCAUUUUCCAGAAAUCACAAUGCAGAGGGAAACAUGGAACAAGACCCAGCCGUGUUUGGAGAUGCUUUUGCCAAGAUCUCUCGUGCUACUCUUCGGAUCAGAUACUCUCUGCUGCCAUACUUGUACACCCUGUUCUAUGAGUCCCACGUUCACGGAGGCACCGUGGUGCGGUCACUGAUGCAUGAAUUUACCUCUGAUCAGGAGACUCAUGGAAUAGAUACUGCCUUCCUUUGGGGAUCUGCCUUUAUGAUUGCUCCUGUUCUUGAAGAGGGAGCAAGAUCUGUGACUGUAUACUUCCCUGAAGCACAGUGGUUCGACUACUAUACUGGUCUGAAAGUGCCAAGUGCCUGGAAGAAGAGCUAUGUUACUGUGUCUGCCCCACUGAACAAGAUCCCUCUGUACAUCCGUGGAGGGUACAUUCUGCCACAGCAGGCACCAGCCACAACCACUACUGAGAGCCGCCUGAACCCAUUUGGACUCAUUAUUGCCCUGGAUGAACAAGGACAAGCUUCUGGAUCUCUCUUCUGGGAUGAUGGUGAUUCCAUUGAUACUAUUGAAAAUGAGAACUACUUCUUGGCUAAAUACACAUUCAGCAAAGGAAGCCUGAAGACAGAAAUAGUUAAAGAUGGCUACCGUGGAGCUGACGCUCUGAAGUACAACAAAAUUACCAUCCUUGGCCUGAAACUGAGACCUCAGGCUGUGUCUCUGAAUGGAAGAUCCAUCCCUGGAGAUGCUGUGUCUUAUGAGAUGAGUGGGAAACUGGUUUUGCGGAUUUCUGCUCCACUUACUAAGGAACUCAACAUUAAAUUCUACUAGAAUGGUCAGAACACACUGACUUAAUUCAGCAUACUUAGCCCUCAGAUAUUUAUCUCACUUUGAUUUUAAUGUAAAAAAAAAAAUUGAGUCAUUAAAACAUCGCAUGUGAACCCAG